GUCUGAGACCACGGUGUGCCACGGUCACCGCUUUAUUUGCUUGAGCUUGUGUACAGACCGCAUCGCAGGAACUUAAUGAAGUUUCGCUCUCAUCACGCUGUUCUCACCCUGUACUGCUGAUUACUAAGCAACAACUCUACUGCGUUUCGUCUCCGAAGCGUGGUUAGUGAAGCGAAAGCUCAAGUACACUUGUGUCGUAGCUGUCUUCUCAUCUCGGCCAUCAGAGUGUCUACGCUCUUGUUUUGCGCUGUCCGAAGAAGCGGAAUUCAACAUGUGGUCGUUGAGGAUGCACGCUCGCUCGCGUGUGAUCCUCACGCUGCACAACAUGUGUCGGUGGAAGCGGUCCAUGUCUGAGGUUCGGGUGCGGUUUGCGCCCAGCCCUACCGGUGAGAUGCACUUGGGAAGCCUUCGCACUGCUUUCUACAACUACCUCUUCGCCAAAAAGUACGGCGGCAAGUUUCUCCUCAGGAUCGAGGACACGGAUCAGUCACGUGUGGUUCCUGGAGCAGCAGAGAGAAUUGUCGACACACUGCGCUGGGCUGGCCUUUGUCCAGAUGAAGGUCCUGGUCUGGGUGGCAGUGUAGGCCCCUAUGUGCAGUCGCAAAGGUUAAAAUUCUACCAAGAGCAUGCACACAGGCUCCUUGAGACUGGUCAUGCCUACCGGUGUUACUGCUCAGAGGCACGGCUGGAAAUCCUCCGGAAGAAUGCUUUACGGAACCAGGAGGUGCCUCGUUAUGACAAUCGGUGUCGUUCGUUGGAAAAGAGCCCUCCAGGAAGCCAGCCUUAUGUGAUUCGUCUCAAGCUGACUGACGGAAAUGUGACAUUUCACGACGGCGUUCAUGGGCCAGUAACCCUCAAUUUGUCUCUUACGGAAGGAGAUCCUGUGAUCCUAAAAAGUGAUGGUUUCCCAACAUACCAUCUGGCGUGUGUGGUGGAUGACCAGCUGAUGAAGGUGACUGAUGUACUGCGAGGUGUUGAGUGGCAGGUCUCAACGCCCAAGCACCUGAUGCUGUACAGCGCUCUUGGCUGGGAGCCUCCCCGUUUCUGGCACCUGCCCCUGCUGCUUAACAAGGAUGGCACCAAGCUUUCCAAGCGUCGGGAUGACAUCCAUGUGGAAAAACUGAGAGAGCAAGGCUUUUCACCCGAAGCUGUGCUCAACCUGCUCGUGUUGGCAGGAGGCGGGUUCGGCAAACAGCUCAAGGACCAAUUCUUUCAGCUCCACGAAAUGGUUGACAAGUUUUCACCCGAUGACUUGAAGGCAGGCUCGUGCCGUCUGGACACUGAGCGGCUGCAAUCCCUGAACAAGCUGCACCUGCACUCGUGCCUUUGCUCAGAGGAUGGGACACGGAUGCUCGCCAGGCAGUUGCAACAGCUCCUGGCUGAGAAGCAAGGCUCUACAGUCAACGCUUCCUUCUCCGAACAAGAUGUCAUUCAUGUUCUACAUCGAACUAAGGAGCGCAUCGACAGUUUACAUGACCUGCUCACUCCAGAGAUGGCAUUCAUCUGGUCUGAUCCCAUUCUCAGUGGAGUAGACCAACAUAAACCUGAACUUGAUGCAGCGGUUCACCACUUGUGCAGCCAACUGGAACGCCUGGACAGUAGCCAGUACAAUAGUGACUUCUUGAGCCAGCUUCUAAAGUCAUUGGCGUCUGAGGCUGGGCUCAAGUACAGCAACUUCAUGCACUAUUUGCGACUGUUGCUAAGCGGGCUGAAGCAAGGCCCAGGUGUAGCUGAAAUGAUGCUGCUUCUCGGAAAGGAACGAACGCUUCACCGCCUGCAGCGAGUUGCAGGCAGCGAGCUCCACUCGGGCAACAACGCCAGUUUGGGGGCUGUAAAAAACGCUUAGCCUGGAGUAUCUCUUAUGUACCAAGUGAGCUGUUUGGCAACGCAACAUGCUUUUGGCAUGUUGCCAGCUCGAAGAACGUCACCCCUGGAGCCAGUUGAACUGUAGAACUUUGCAUUCGUCGCAUCAAAGGAAAUGUCCCGAGACAGUCGUAAGCAGGCUGGCCCAUGAUAUUUUUAUUGGCAUUGAGGUUGAGUGAAACUGUAAUAUACUACAGGUACCGUAAAAAAGAUGAACAGAACGUGGCUAGCAUACUAUCAAGAUUCUCUUGUGUGAUAUUCUGACACUAUUUACAGUUUCAACCUCCGUUUUUUACGACGGCAUGAUACCCUGUCAGCUGUAGUCUUGUAGGGAAACUCCUUUUUUUGUUCCUGCCAUGUUAGUUUUUAAAACAUAAUGUGUGAAAAGGGCCUGAGAGAGUUUGGAACAUGAGUGGCUCAGCACCCUAAACGACUAUUGUGCAUAAACUGGUUAAGGGCUAAGAAUCCUGGAAACAGCUUUUUUGAAAUUUUUCAGCAUUCAGGCGACAGCAUUGUCAAAUUGUUUGCGUUUUAAAUUGAGCAGCACUCCUUGUAUCAAGCCAGCUGCUGGCAAUCAGAUGUUAUCCUCCUUCUCAGCAGUGCUUUUUCUGUCUAACUCGUUAGACGCACAACCGUCGCGCCGGCAGUGACUGUGCACUUGACAAAUUGAGCUGCAUGAUGUUUGAAAUCAGCAAAUGUUUGAAAAAUUGUUUCGCUGAGCCACUGUGAUCUGUUGUGAUUUGUAGACUUAGAAAGAUUGGCUAAUAAUCAUUGGGACUUGCUCUACUGGCUCGAUGCACAUGUACAUCAUCAAAGGCCUUUCAUGGUCUGCUUAAAGGAAAGUGUGCAAACAAGUGGUCAUUGCUUUACCCGGCGUAUAAACAAUGACCAAUUGGCUAAUUAUUCAUACAGGAACAAGUGGUCCUCCCCUCUGUGCACAUCUCAUGCCUCUACUAUAUCGCCUGUGCUGGUCAUCUUACAUGUCACGUGCAGGUUCUAGAUGUCAGCCAAGAAUACUUUGCCUCUAUUUUUGAUGGUUGUGGUUGUUCAAACCACUACCCUGACUGUGGUUGUAGGCUGCUGCAACACUGCAAACACAGUUUUGGUUUUAUAUCAAAUUGAUUAUGCACAGGCAAAAGCUAUGGUGUGUGAAUAUUUGAAAAAUUUGAUAUUUUUCUAUUGGUGUUUGCUAUUUGUUUCGAUUCACACUGCUAUUUUACUAUACCAAUCAAAUUUUGAAUGUGUUUCAUCCCAUCACAUUCUCGUAUUAUGGCAAAGCUGCCUUUCAAGCUUUGCUACGGUCACAAAUUUAUUGAUUCAAGAAAAUGCUGGUUCCAACAUGCAGAUAACAGAUGUGGCAGAGAGCAGAAGGGGAGGGGGGUGCUUAAUUUAAAGCUGUUCUGAGCAUCGAAUUUGGGCAGGAAGUCCAAAAAUUGAACGCUGUAGGUUUUUAGCAUUGAGAGCUUCAGAUGUUAUUAUAUAUUGACGUCUAUGACGCAUAUUUGGAACUCCAGACUCCAAGAAAGCACACCUUUGUUCUCCACAUUCGUUGGGCUUUCACAGAAUUUGAAAGAGGUGGAGAGGCUGAGAAAGUAGCAUCUUUGCUUUUCACGUGUAAAGUGUUGCCAGGAAAUCUUUGGUAGCACCAAAUCAUGUAUGUAAAUACAAUUCAGCUUCUUCAUUGCCUCAUUCUUUAUAGCACAACUAUGAAACACCACUCUUCAGCACUUCAUCACUCCAACCAAAAGAAACUUUCAUGUUGCUGUCUCUUAAGAAUAUAAUUGGGUAAAUACUGUGCAUAGGUCGGCAAACUGACUCGUAAGUGAACUCACCAGACUCGAAUAAAGCCUAGGGUCCGAGUCUGAGUGAGCCCAAGUGAGCAUAUUUUUUUAUAGUGUGUAUAUAAUGUACAGAGCACCAGUUUCAUGCUUGUUUCCUUUACCAUGGGCGAUCCUGUUUAUACUGUAGCUAUGAACUCCACCACAAACUUAGUCGUACGUUUGUCAGCAUCAUUCCUCAUGAUUCGCACCUUGUUUGCGUUUUUCAUUCAUUCAUUCAUUGUUUAUUUGGUGAUUUGUGGAAGAUGAAAAUAAAGUAAAACAUUGUGCACAUUAUGUGACAACUGCUUA